AUGCCGAACCUUUGUGGUUGCACUGGUGACUCGUCAGUGGGGAGGUUGCACUGGCCUUGGCGAAAAAAUGCUUCCUCUUCCACCACUUCUUCAGUACGCCGUUCUACGACACUUGGUGAAAGUGUCGAUGAUACAGAUGUCGCCAAGUCUCCUACUGUUGCCAAACCUGAGGUGGACGACACUGUUACCCCCCGAAAUUCAAUUCCUCGUGAGGUCACGAAGCCCUUUCGUCCACCAGUGACCUUCGAACUAGAGUCCAUAACACGGACUGGUCAGGACAAUGCCUCUGAGAAAGAUAGAUAUGUUGAAUUGCGAAACCAUUCGCUAGACAUAGAAGUGAGUUCCAUUCUACCCCAAAAUUUAGAGAUGUCCAACACCACAAAUCGAACCUUCCCUACCUUCUUCAACUCCAAGUUUACACGUGCAUCAAGUCGUCUCUACCCUAACCAUAACCCGAUUCUUUUACGAAGAGGAUCCCUCCUAGUUCGAACAGGACGUCCUCUGCCUGCUAGCAUCCUAAUGAAUCAGCAGUCGAUAGAGAGUUCGAAAAUUACCUCAUCAGUGCUCGCGUCGGGCGGUCUUCCCAGUCCCGGCAUUGGAGAAGGCCAUGGAGCAAAAGAGCGAUUUCUAGAUGAAUCUUUCAUUGUAACACCAUUUGCACAGAUUCUAGCCGGAUUACGUUCAGUGCAGACAAAUAUAACGUGGCUCACAUCCCAGCACUGUCUAAAGGCUGCGUGA